UAAGGUCUUAGAUUGUCGAUAACAUCGGGCGUGACACUAAAAUGGUAUGGUGAUCCUGAGGACCCCUGAAGCCCUCGACAGAAAUUCUCAUAAUAUAUUUACAACGUCUGUAUUCGUUGAUAAAUUUUUUUACAGUGAUGGUUAACAAAUGUUAAAUACACUGAAUGUUAUAAUAUUAGAAUUUUGAUGGUAGUGAGAGUUUCAUUUUGGUUGGUGGUGUUCCUUAAUACGGUUUAAGAACCCUAAUCUUAAUAGAGGGUUUGAACAAUUAUUUUGAUCAGCAAUGUAAUAUUAUUUAAAUAAGUAGAUAAAUUUACACAAAAUUCAAUCAUAAUAUUAAAAAAACUGCGUUGUGGCAACAGGUGCAGUCUAAAUAUCUAUUCUACACUUUAUCAGCGCUACAGGUGAACGUAGUUCAAACUUGAACUUUUAAGAGUUUGUUGAGCCUUCACUAAAUACAUUCAUGCCGGAGAGUAUGGCUGUCAAACAAAAGUUACAUUGACAGGUCUAACAUGCUCGGGUAUUUUAUAUAAUCGUACAUAUGCGAGAUGUAGCAAUUAGAAUUGUGUACAAUUGUGUUGUUCCAUUAUAAGCAAGUAAAUAAGGAACUACUGGAACUGCAACUAUGGAGAAAAGAGGUAGCGCAGAACUUCUGAGCGUGGAACAAAACAAUUCUAAAAAUGCUAGCUCAGAUUCUCUUAACUCGGACAGCAAGAGCAGCUCACUCAAUUCCAAAAUGGGACAAGAAUCGGAAAGCUGGGAAAAAGCAUCUCAUUCCAAAAGUUUUUCCUCAAGCUCUACUUCAACAGAUAACAAUAUUGUUUCUGCUUUAGAGGCUAGAAAAGAGAAUCAAGUAAAAAACCUGUCCAGUGGAGAAUCAGGUCCAUCACUUUUGAAUGGAGAAAGGAUGCAGGGUAUUGCCCAUGAUGUAACUUAUCUGUGCCCCUAUUCAGGACCAGCUAGGGGAAUUCUUAGUGUUACAAAUUACAAGCUUCAUUUUCGAAGUGUUGACCGCGAAACACCAUAUGUUAUUGAAGUGCCUCUGGGUGUUGUGAGCAGAAUUGAGAAAGUUGGUGGAGCGUCUAGUAGAAGGGAAAAUUCCUAUGGAAUUGAAGCAUUCUGCAAAGACUUGCGGAAUCUUAGAUUUGCCCACAAACAAGAAAAUCACUCUAGGCGGGAUGUUUUUGAGAAGCUGCAACAGUAUUCAUUUCCAUUAUCUCAUAAAUUACCAUUAUUUGCCUUUGAAUACUCUGAAACGUUUCCUGAGAAUGGUUGGAAUGUGUACGAGCCCAUUGCGGAGUUAAAGAGAAUGGGGGUAAAUAAUGAUAUGUGGAAAAUAUCAAAGAUCAACGAUACAUAUUCUGUAUGCGAUAGUUACCCAGCAGUAUGGGCAGUGCCCGCGGCGGCUACCGACGAAGAUUUACAAGCAUCCGCAGCUUUUAGGAGCAAGGGAAGACUUCCGGUACUUUCGUGGAUUCAUCCGGAGAGUCAAGCAACGAUUACUCGUUGUGCCCAACCGUUAGUAGGUGUUGGUGGUAAACGGAGCCGCGAAGAUGAAAGAUACGUUCAAUUGAUCAUGGAUGCUAACGCGCAAAGUCACAAACUAUUUAUUAUGGACGCCCGGCCAAUGCCAAACGCAGUGGCAAAUAAAGUGAAGGGUGGUGGUUACGAGAACGAAGACGCUUACCAGAACGCUGAGCUAGUGUUCUUAGACAUUCCUAAUAUACACGUGAUGAGGGAAAGUCUUCGGAAAGUGAAAGAAUUAUGCUUUCCAAAGAUCGACGAACCAAGGUGGUUAUCGGGAAUAGAUUCCACCGUCUGGUUGAAACAUAUUAAGUACGUGCUCGCAGGAGCGUUAAAAAUUGUGGAUAAAGUGGAGAAUCAUAAGACAUCGGUAUUGGUGCACUGUUCAGACGGUUGGGACAGAACAGCACAGCUCACAGCUCUUGCCAUGUUAAUGUUAGAUCCGUAUUACAGAACGAUCAAAGGUUUUGAGGUUCUCAUUGAAAAGGAAUGGCUCAGUUUCGGCCACAAAUUCCAGCAGAGAAUUGGACACGGCGACGAACAUCACAGUGACGCGGAUAGGUCUCCGGUAUUUUUGCAGUUCAUAAACUGCGUGUGGCAGAUCAGUUGUCAAUUCCCCAACGCAUUUGAGUUCAACGAACACUUUCUUAUUACUAUUCUAGAUCACCUGUACUCGUGCAGAUUUGGCACAUUUUUAUAUAACAGUGAACGCGAAAGGGUACAGGCACAAGUCAAACAGAAAACUGUAUCUCUGUGGUCGUACACCAACAGUCAAUUAUCCCUUUAUCAGAAUCCCCUGUACUGGGCAGCACCAAACUGUCAGCUCGUAUUGAUGCCGGUCGCUAGCAUGAGGUAUAUAAAGCCAUGGAAAAGUCUCUACUGCAGAUGGAAUCCCAGUAUGCGCCGGCAGGUUUGUAAAACUAUAAAGAAUCUUCGUUUAUUUACAACGUGCGAUUGUGCCAAAUUUUGUUCUAGGAUCUAGAAGUCUUCUCUAAAUUUUUCGUUACACCGGUGUCUCUUUUCCUCUUUUCAGGAUCCCGUUUAUCAACGAAUAAGAGAACUUAUAGUCUUGAACGAGCAACUCGAGAAACAACUCGAAGAGUGUCGACGCGAACAAGCUUCCCGAGCUAAUCGGUCCUUAACGUCGCCGGCACCGCCCAGGAUACAUUCCCCGGUACACUCAUAGCCCGACUACGAUUUUUCGCCCGUCCUCUAACGAUCUGUAGUUACUGUAAAAUGUGCCUCUCCGUGCGUCCUCCUCUUGUCGGGGACAGCAGGCACCAUUGACUAAAAAGAAACUCGCAAUCGCUAUGUACAAAUGCAUCGUUGAUUAAAAAAAAAAAGAAAAGG